AUGAGCAUUGAACACAAUGUUUUCCUUUGUCUUUGUUGCCAACUCCAAUGUGUUGUUUGUUCAGUUGAAAGGCACAAGAGCUUCCCGGGAAAGUCUGUAGCUAGGUUUCGUUGCGUAUCGAAACACUGGGCAUUCUUACUUCGUCGUUCUGAUUUCACUGAGCUGUUUCUUACUAAGUCUUUGACUCGUCCACGGUUCCUUUUCACAGUAAAAGCUAAUGGCAAGUUGUUAUUUUAUUCUUCACCUCGGCCCCAUAAUCCAGACGAUAACUCUUCUCUUGUAGCUUCCCCUUAUAAUACGUCUUUUCCAGAAUACUUUCCAAGUGAUAUAUGUAGCACGGUCUGUGGAUUGGUAUUGCUUCAGGGAUGGAAAAGAAAGGUGCCAGUGAUUUGUAACCCUGCCACGGGAGAGUUCUUAACCUUACCCAAAGUGCUUCUAAAAGAAAAAAACUUACCCAAAGUGAAGGCUAAGAGUAACCCGACAGAGAUGGGAGGGAUGUAUUUAGGGUAUGAUCCGUUGGGAAAACAGUUCAAAGUGUUGUGUAUGACCUGGUCACGUGAUGAAAGACCCAACACUCAUCAGGUUUUGACAUUGGAGUCUGGAAAACGUCUAUGGAGAACGCUCGAACACAAGUUCCAUUUUGUGAACAACGGUGAAAUAAAUGGUGAUAUAUGCAUAGACCGCGUUUUUUACUUCCGAAAAUAUUCUAAGAUAGUAGUUUGCUUCGACGUCAGGUCUGAAAAGUUUAGCUUUAUAAACACAAAUGAAGACAUGUGGUAUUCUUUGUCUUUGUUCAAUUACAAAGGUAAAUUAGGUGCACGUUGUCUGGUUGAACAAGAACUUGAGUUGUGGGUUCUAGAAGAUGCUGGAAAUCAUAAAUGGUCCAAGCGUAGCUUUGUAUUUUCUCCUAUGAGGCACUACAGGAUGGGUAGGCAAAAGUUGUUGCUUGGAAUGACUAGUAAAGGUGAAAUUGUCUACUCGUGGAACUCUUUCCUUCUCUUCUACAAUUUGGAGAGUAACACUGUUAAAAGAGUCAAUAUCCAGGGAAUGGAAGGGCUUGGACAUCCUAGAAUUUGUCACACCUUUGUAAACUAUGUGGAGAAUAUGAAGUUUAUCUAA